AGGAAAAAGAAAAGGAAGGAGCAUUUGCGUUUCCAGCUAAUCGAGGGAUUUCAAUUAAACAACCGGCUGAGCGAGUGGUCUUCCAUGACCGGAUACUACUAGUGGGUUGGAAACAUCUAUCGACCACAUUUGUAGGUCUUUCUUUCUUCCAAAAGAGUGUUUCGGUGUUGUUGUUGUUGUGGAAAUCAAGAGCAUUCUUUAAAGGUCCAUUAACAAUAACUGUCAGACGUACUUAUUUUUCUAAUCCUCUGGUUGCACCACGUUUCGUUUCCUGUUCUUCAUUCGGCUCGGCAAAAACAAUAGAAUAUGAUGUUGUUGUUUUUCUUGUUAUGACACGUACCUUCUUUUGUACCUAAUUGUGGUGAACGAAAUCCUUUUGGGGUAACCAACCUCAUUCAAACGUAACAGCUUUCAAAACAUAAGCACACCGACACGAGUGAACACGCAUGAUGCGGCGAGGAGCGGAUCCGACUGCCUCGUUGGCGGCCUCGAGAGGUCGCAGCGCGUCACCGAUCGUUCGCUUUCGUAGCCCACGCGCCGACACGGAGGCCCGCCCCAAGGCCGUUCUCACGACCCUCACACUGCUCGGCGUCAUCUACACGGCAAGCAUUAGCGGCGGCUACGGUCUGGAGGACUCUGUGAGCGCCGGCGGCCCGCUCCUGUCGAUUCUCUUUCUCUGCCUCAUUCCAUUUGUGUGGGGCAUCCCCGUCUCGCUCUGCGUAGCGGAGCUGUCCUGCUCCAUCCCGUCCAACGCCGGACCAAUUAUGUGGGUCAACUGCUCCUUUCCCCCGUGGGUGACCUUCACUACGGUGCUCUGGACCGCCUUCCUGAACUCGGUCGACAACAGCCUCUACCCCGCCGUGUUCGCCGACUACUGCGCGACGCUCUUUCACCUUGGCUGGGUGGAGAAGUCGCUCUUGAAGAUCUUCUUCUUGUGGAUGUGUGCGCUCAUCAACAUUGUUGGUGUCAUGCUCGUCGGCACCUUCAGCGUGGCGGUGAUGAUUGUCACGAUCCUGCCCUUCUUUCUCAUGUUUGUCCUCCAGCUGCCGCACGGCUUCAACUGGGAGCGCAUUUCCUACGUUCCCGAAAAGAUAAACUGGGCAGUGUUUCUGCCGGUCGUGGCGUGGAACUUCUCUGGCUUUGACUCCGCCGGAAACGUGAUCGAGGAGGUGCAGAACCCCAACCCGACCUUUGUGCGGGCGCUCAUCCUCAUGAUUGUCGCCGCCCUCGCCACGUACAUCCCCCCGAUUCUCGCCGGUGCCUCCGCGCAGAAGUUGGACCACGUUCCGUUUGAUAAGUGGGGCGAUGGUUUCUGGGUGAAGGUCGGCGAGGCCGUCGGCGGGACCCCGAUGGCGGCCACCGUGAUGGUGGGCGGCGCCAUCUCCACCUUGGGCCUGAUGACGACUCUCCUGGCCACCACCUCCCGCUCCAUCGCAGGCAUGGGUACGCUGAACGCCUUUCCAUCCUUCUUCUCCAAGUGGGUGGAGCAUUACUCGGAGAAGUACAAAACGCCGGUCCACGCCAUUUUGGUGAACACGACGAUCACCUGCAUCCUGUCGGUGUGUCUGACCUUCCAGACUCUCGUGCAACUCGAUCAGGUGCUCUACGCACUGCGUCUCAUCGCCAUUCUCACGUCCUUCCUGAAGCUUCGCCUGACGCAGCCGCUGUUGGAGCGUCCGUACCGGGUCCCAGGUGGGAACGUGGCGGCGGUGAUCUGGUCCUGUGUCCCCAUCGUUUUCAGCACCUUUCUUAUCGCGAUGGCCAUGACGGGCGGUCCUUUUAUUUUUUAUAGCAGCGUCGUGUUGAUCCUUGGCACAGUGAUCGUGUCGUACGUGACGGUUCGCUUCUUCCGCCCGGACGGCUUUGAGGGCUCGCUCGUGGAGGAGUACGAAGAUGCGGAUAUGCAGACGUAUGGCACCAUUCUGCAAAUGGAGUCCUCGGAUUGGCGCAAUCUGCACCAGAAGCACCUCUUCAUCGACCAGCCGCCGCACAUCAACAUGGCGCGCCUACGCGCGUAG